CGAGCAGACCAACAACACCAAACACAACCACCAACAUGUCUGACAUCAUCCAGCUCGCGUCGAAAGAAGACUACGAUAGUCUUAUCACAGCCUCAACUGGAAAGACAGUCCUCGCCAUUAUCUGGCCGCAGGAUAGAACUAGUGCAAUACUUCUCAAACACCUCAAUCUACUUCUACCAGAAUCAGACCGUUCUGAAUAUGGUAUCGUGGGCAUAUACAGCUUCGAUGUAUACUCGCUUCCUGCGCUAGCUGAAGAAGUCGGCGUCACGUUUGUUCCGAUGCUGAUAUGGUUCAAUGAUGGAAUUAGAGACUCCACGGAGUGGCAUCAGGGGGUGAGGAUUGAGGGGGAGAAGAUCAGCGAUGGCGUGAAGAGGGUAGUCAAUAGAAUCAAGGCGGCUGGGAAAGGACUGGGGGGUGAUGAAGAUAGUGACGAAGAUGCCUGGGAGAACUGCUAGAGCCUUGACUAUCUGGCACGACUCGAGAGUAACCAUCGAUGAACA